AUGAACCCGAACUCCAACACCAAACCCUAUCAGUGUCAGAGAUGCCCAAAGACAUUUGCUCGACUGGAGCAUCUCCAACGUCAUGAUCGAUCUCAUACCAAGGAGAAGCCUUAUGUCUGUCUCCAAUGCCCGAAAGCUUUCACGCGCAAGGAUUUACUCUCGCGUCAUGAGCGAUUGGCCCAUCAAGAGGGUAUUAGCCCCGUGAGUCGCCAGACAAUAUCGCCGUCUCCAUCCCAUCCAACUCUGGAUGGCUUAGACACACUGGCCUCGGUUGUUACAGACCCUGCACAUUCAAGUAAUCAUUUAGCGUCAAGGCGUGAUGCACAAUUUUCAAGCUCCAUGGAUGUGGAUCGGGGCCCAAUGGUUGAUUCGCAGCUAUCCAACCCAGGAAACCCCGCGGCUCCAGUUACGCCCACGCCUCUGCAGGGGUCAGACUUUGCGUACCCGAUAAGUGCCCUUGGGACAACAGCCUAUCAUGGCAACGAUUUUACUUCGUUCCUAGAUAGCGUUCCCUUGCCAAGUCACCCAUUUUCACCCGCAUUCCAGCCACUUCCUUUAUUUCCGCCCUUGCAAUACUCCCCUGUUUCGGAGUUUGGCCAAAGCCCCGCUAUAGAUCACCUAACAGAACCAGCUUCCACUCCCUCAAGCUCUGUCCUACCACGACAGGCUGCGCAAUUGCCCUCUCUCCAGCCGGAGGGAUAUCAGUCUCCCGCGGCCAAGGCAAAACAGCCAACCGGAUUCCUUCCCGUGACCGCACAGUGUCGUGAAAGGAUUCUCCAUCUCCUGAGGGAGUACUCCAAUGUCGUCCCGGAUCCAACGCUACCUUCUCGACAUGCUCUAUCACGAUGUCUGACAGGUUAUCUUAUGGGUUUCCACGAUCAUUACCCAAUCGUGCACAGACCAACUAUCGAUGCCGACACGAUGUCCCUGCAUUUGUUUCUUUCUAUGGCCGCAUUGGGUGCUCGCUAUUGUAGAGAGCCAGAUACAAGUAUGUGGUUGUAUCAAAUAGCCAAACCGGUCACUUUAGAGCAUGUGCGCCGCACGUUUCAGUCAGGUUCUUUACCCGAAGGAGAUGCAGCUAAUAGCGUUGAUAUGCUUGAAACGAUCCAGUCGCUGCUAUUUUUGAUAUCGGUUUCGUCUUGGUUUAUCAACAAUCCACCAUACUAUGAGGCGUUGUCUAUUCGAAGUACAAUGGGUGCCCUGUUACGAAAAGGCGGUAUUAACCGGCUACCCGAAGAAGAUGGAACCUGGGAAAGCUGGAUAUAUCGUGAACGAGUCAAACGCACGAAGUUGAUCGUCUUCUGCUUUUUCAACAUCCACACGAUCGUCUUUGAUAUAGCCCCUGUCAUUCUUACGGAAGAGUUAACUCUGGAAUUGCCAUGCACCGAAAGAGAAUGGCAAGCAUCUCGACCCGAGACCUGGCAAAUUGCUCGUAGUCAAAGUCCUGGAGAGCCGAAGUUCCAAGGCGCAUUGUCCGCUUUGUUUAACCCUACCAGUGACAUAGAAAGAUUUUCUUCUCUAGGGGGCUACGUCUUGAUCCACGCGAUGCUCCAGGACAUCUGGAUCAUGACUAAAGCGAGUCGACUUACUCUGGCGCGCAGUCUUCGCUUGAAUUCUCCAAUAGCAUCAAUGCCCGAACUCGUUGUUUUCGAGCAAGCAUUGGAACGGUGGUGUCAAUACUGGGAACGAAAUCAAGAGUCUUCCAUUGAUCCACUCAGUCCUCAUGGACCAAUAUCAUUUACCUCGGCAGCUUUGCUUCGGCUAGCCUAUAUUCGACUCAAUGCUGACUGUGGAUCUGCGAGACAGCUUCAAUCAUGGGAUCCUGUUCAAAUUGCAAAAAGUCUCAAAGACAACCUUUCCGUGCAGCGAGGUGACCGCCUUACCCGAGCAGCACUUCACUGCGCCCAUGCAUUAAGCACCCCCGUCAAGCUCGGUAUUGGCUACGUGGCGCACUCACAGGUUGCCCUGUGGUCAAAUCAACAUGCCCUGUGCUCGCUUGAAUGCGCCGUGGUAUUGGCUAAAUGGCUCGAAGCGGUGACGGGGCCGAACCCAGACUCCGCACUAACAGAACAGGAAGCCCGAUUGCGGGACUUUGUGCUAGAAAUGGUCAUGGAGGUGCAGCAUGGCGUUUCACGGGAAUGGCUCCUGGCCACUAAUACCAGGCUUAGUGCGGCGGUGACCCGCCUCUGGGCGCGCCUUUUCACAGCGGAUUACAUAUGGGAAAUGGUCAAUCUUAUUGGGAGGUCACUAGAUAGUUAUGCCGAUUUGUUGGAACAGGGAUCAUAG